AUGGUGUGUAUAUCCCGCGUGCAGAUAUUCGUCUGUUCUUUGUCGUUUGCAACUGUUAGACCGACCCGGUGUCAGGCUGACGCUCUUAAGGGUGAAACUGAAUCACGUGCUCAUAGAUCAGGAGGAUUCGGUCAGUACGGAGGUCAAAACCAAGUGGGAUUCGGCUUUAACGCUUCUGGAAGUGCAGUUGCGAAUGGCGCUGCCAACAGCAGUAGUAGUGGAGCUGACAAUAUGUCGCUUGCUCAAGGACAAGCUCAGGGCAGCGCUCAAGCACAAGGGCAAGCUAGUGGACAAGGUGGAGCUGAAGUUGGUGGUUCUGCAGGAGGACAACUGAGUUUUGGCUUUAAUGCCGGUAUGAGCGGGAGCGGAAGUGGAGGCUUGAGCGGAAUGGGAAGUGGUGGAAAAUAA